AAGAACAUGAAACACAUUUAUCAGAGGAGCUUCCUCUUGUUCCCGUGGUAACACCGUCUGUCUGAUCUCAGGCUUUUCAAAAAUACACACCUUUACACAUUCAAUGUUCCACCUUGAACUAACUCAAGCAGCAACAUUGUUUUCUAAAGUUACAUCAUGUUUUCUUUAUUCAGAUUGGGGGGCUACAGGCUGUCAGAGAUCAGCUGGGCUUCUCUGUUCUCAGCUCUGAAGUCCAACCCCCCCCAUCUGAGAGAGCUGGACCUGUGGGACAACAAGCUGCAGGAUUCAUCAGUGAAGCUGCUGUGUGACCUUCUGGAGAGUCCAGACUGCAGACUGGAGACUCUCAGAUUGAGGGGCUGCAGUCUGUCAGAGAUCAGCUGGGCUUCUCUGGUCUCAGCUCUGAAGUCCAACCCCCCCCUCCUGAGAGAGCUGGACCUGAGGGACACCAACCUGCAGGAUUCAUCAGAGAAGCUGCUGCGUGACCUUCUGGAGAGUCCAGACUGCAGACUGGAGACUCUCAGGAUCGAUGACGAGUUGAUCACAGCUGAGGAACACACAACAUAGGACUCCAUCAAACUGGAUGUGUGAACAAACCUGCCCGAGGAAGACAGCAAGGUGAAAGAGGAGCAGCUGCACAGUGUGAAGUAUAUUUAUGGAGCUUCACCACAGAAUCAAAUGUAGUUAUUGGUAAUUGUUUGCCUGGGACCGACCUGCAGGCUCAGCUUGUAUUAGCUCAGAUCAACUGGUCCUCCUGCUGGAGAGACGAGUGGAAGAUGGAGCAGUUCAUAUCUAAAGAUAUAUAUAUAUAUAAUUAACUUGGGUUACUUAAAUAUAUUUCUUAAAGCUUAAAGUGCAUCAACCUGUUCACCUUUCAUAAGUUCUCUUGCUGGAGUUCUGAUAUACACUUGUACUUGUUUAAACUUCAUCAGACUUCUUGUUUCUGAUACUCAUCGUCGCAUCUUAAAC